AUGACGAAGCAGGCGAAUUGGUUAAUGUCGCUGAAGCCGAUGCUGGCGGUGCUGCCGGAGAUCGAGAAGCCCCGCCGCGUGCCUGGCAUCAAGGAGCGCAUCAUGUGGACAGCUGUGGCGCUCUUUGUCUUUCUCAUUUGCUGCCAAGUCCCCGUGUACGGCGCCCGCCCUGGCAACGCCAGCGACCCGUUCUACUGGAUGCGUAUUGUGCUGGCGAGUAACAAGGGUACGCUGAUGGAGCUUGGCAUUUCGCCUAUCGUGUCCGCUUCUCUCAUCCUGGAACUGUUAGCUGGCGUGCGCAUCCUCACCUACGACCAGAACAACCGUGAGGAGCGGGCGGUAUUCGAGGGCUUCCAGAAGAUGAUGGGCCUGGUGAUCACGGCGGUGGAGGCGGUGGCGUACGUGUCCUCGGGCAUGUACGGUGAUCCGUCCCGUAUUGGCGUGGUCAUGUGCGGGUUGAUUGUUCUCCAGCUCAUGGUGGCAACCAUGAUUUGCAUUCUUCUGGACGAGCUCCUGCAGAAAGGAUGGGGCAUUGGGAGCGGCACCUCCCUCUUCAUCGCCACAAACGUGUGCGACACCAUCAUUUGGAAGGCAUUCUCUCCAUCCACCAUCAACACUGGCCGCGGCGCCGAGUUUGAGGGUGCCAUCAUCGCCUUCUUUCACCUGCUUGUCUCGCGCACCGACAAGGUGCGUGCGCUGCGUGAGGCAUUUUACCGGCCGCAGCUGCCGAACCUGACGAACAUCUUCUCCACCGCCGUGGUCUUCGCCGUUGUCGUCUUCUUCCAGGGCUUCCGUGUGCCGCUCAUGACAAAAAGUAAGUUCAACGGCAACGACCGCCAGCCUUACAUGAUCAAGCUCUUCUACACGAGCAACAUGCCGAUCAUUCUGCAGACAAGCGUUGUGUCGAACAUCAGCUUCUUUUCUCAGAUCCUGUCGCGCCGCUUCGGCAACCGAAACUUCCUGAUCAACCUGCUUGGCCGGUGGGAAGAGCGCGGAUACAACGGCGGCGGCAGCGGUCAGCUGUUUCCUGUCGGCGGCCUUGCAUACUACCUCGUGCCCCCGGCGACCUUCUACGACCUGCUAGCCGACCCCAUUCACGCCAUAUUCUACGUGGUUUUUGUGCUGACCUCGUGCGCCGUCUUCUCCCGUCUGUGGAUCACCAUCUCGCAUACGGCACCGCGAGAUGUGGCGAAGCAGCUGGCCUCACAGGGCCGCUGGCUUGUGCAGGCCCGCGAGAGCGAGGAUGAUAUGACCCGGCUCCUGGAGAAGUACAUCCCCGUCGCGGCCAGCUUCGGGGGCCUCUGCGUCGGCGCGCUGACGAUCUUUGCAGACUUUCUUGGCGCCAUUGGUAGCGGCACUGGUAUCCUGCUCUCCGUCACCAUGAUCAACCAGUACUACGAGAUUCUUCAACAGGAGGGCCAGGACCUCGGCUACGGCUUCCUGAAGCAAAAAGUUGCGUAG